AUGGCCGCCGACGAACGAGACCUCGACCAAAUCCGGAGAUGGAACUCCAAAGCGUUUGAAGCAAUUGAAAACAAAUGUGUGCAUACACUUAUCGCGGAGAAGGCCUCAGAACAUCCGGCCAAGAUCGCGAUCGACGCUUGGGAUGGAAAACUAACGUACCGUGAGCUCGAGGACUUGUCAUCGAGAGUCGCAUACGUCUUGUAUGCACGAGGUUUCCGGCCGGGAGAAAGUCCGUCUGUACUUCCGCUUUGCUUUGAGAAGUCAAAAUGGACAAGCAUCGCUAUGUUGGGAGCCAUGAAGGCUGGAGGGAUAUGCGUUGCUCUUGACAUUAGUCAGCCAAGCAAGCGGCUAAGGUCCAUUGUCGAGCAGACCCGAGCUCGGUGGGUUAUAUGCACGACUGCCACUCUAUCCAUCGCAAAGGCUUGCUCCGAAUCGAAUGAGACCAUCGUGGACCUCGAACAGGCGUUGCGAGAAGACAGCAAGGAAACGACGCUUCCACACGUGUCUCCCACACAAACAGUCUUUGUCACAUUCACAUCCGGAAGUACCGGUAGGCCCAAAGGAGCAUGCAUAUCUCACGCCAACGUCGCGGCUGCCGUACAUUAUCAGGGUGAUCUCCUGGGCUUCCGCGAUGCUCGAGUUCUGGAUUUUGCACCAUACUCAUUCGAUGUGGCAUGGUCGAACGUGCUGCACACCUUGUGCGCCGGAAGCUGCUUGUGCGUUCCCCGCGCGAAUGACAUGCUGAAUGAUGUAGGGAGGUGCAUCGACGUCUAUGAGGCGACAUUGAUCAACAUCACCCCAACGAUGCUGCGAACGCUGGAGAAGAAGCCCGCAAGCCUGCAGACUAUCCUCCUGAGUGGUGAGCCGCCGAGUCCAGAUCUGUUGUCCAAGUGGGCAGGGCAGGUCGACCUGAAGAACACAUAUGGUCCUGCCGAGUGCACGUUCAAAAGCACGUUUGCGGACGUUCACCCAGAUUCCGACUUCAUACCGGCGUCUCGAAGACUCGGGACGGCAUACGGAGCGAAGACUUGGAUCGUCAAUGCGGAAGACCAAAGCCAUCUCGUUCGCAUUGGCGAGGUAGGCGAAUUGUGGCUCGAAGGACCGCUCGUGGGUCAGGGGUAUCUGCAUGAUGCCGAGAGGACAUCGACUGCAUUUGUCAACAGUCCAUCGUGGUCGCCAAGGAGCGCUGGUGGCCUAACUAGCCGCUUGUAUCGCACCGGAGACCUCGUCCGCUACGAGAAAGACGGAUCGCUUGUCUUCGUGGGACGAAAGGACCGGCAGGUCAAGAUCCAAGGCUGUCGAGUAGAACUCGGCGAAGUGGAAUUCCAUAUCCGCCAAUGUCUGGCGUGCGACGCAAGUGUCGAGAUAGUGGUGGAAGCAGUGGUUUGCAAGGCAGGCGACGCUGCGAGUCUGCUGGCGUUCCUGACUACUAGCGAUUCGUCGCAACUUUCUCAGAAGCUUGCCAAAGUCCUCCCGUCGUACAUGAUUCCCACGGCAUUCGUCUUCAUCCCGGGUCAUCUGCCUCGAACGGGCACUGGAAAGACUGAUCGCCUGCGGUUGCGAGAGAUAGGGAGCUCCCUCAGCCUCAGAGAAUUGGCCGUGCUGAAUCGAGGUCGAAUCUGCCAGCGAUCAAUAUCGUCAACUCUCGAGAAUCGAUUGCGGCAAUGUUGGGCAAAGACAUUGAGCAUCAAUGACGACGACAUCGGAUCAGACGACAGCUUCUUCCACCUCGGCGGCGACUCAAUACGCGCCGUCAGACUUGUAGGCGCCGCCAGAGAAGAAGGCCUUGCCUUUGGCGUUGCAGAUAUAUUCAAGAACCCAAAGCUGUGCGACCUUGCCGAGGUAGUGCGUCAGGAUGCAGUGGCAGAAAUAGACAGCGUGGAGCCCUUCUCGCUCCUCCAGAGCCUCGAUCGGAUCCGCAUACCAGAGCUUGCGGCUGCAGCUUGCGGGACCAAAGCUUCGGAAAUCGAGGACGUCUUUCCAUGCACGCCAUUCCAAGCAGGACUGUUUGCCCUCGGCGUCCAGCGUCCGGGAGCAUACGUCUCAGUACGACGAUUCGUGCUACCGUCCGAUAUCGACAUAGACCGGUUCCGGAGGGCCUGGGAGACGGUCAUCAAUGCCGCCUCGAUUCUGCGUACCCGAAUGGUUCAUCUCGAGGGUGAAGGAAUGGUCCAGGUAGUGCUGCGGCAUCAGAUCCAAGAAUGGGAGGGUACGGAAGACCUAGACAUGAUCGAUGUACGAAAUCGCAUGCGUCCUGGCGCACCACUGGUACGCUUCUCCAUCGUUCCUCGUGGGAACAAGCACAUCUUCUCAUGGACCAUGCACCACGUAUUACUCGACGGAUUUUCCAGGUCGAUCGUCAUGUCGAUGGUAACAACCGCCUACACGGGAGGCCUUGUAGAUUCGCCACCACCAUUCCAGCGCUUUGUCAAACAUGUCGCCGAAUUGAACGUCAGCGAAGCCUCCCAGGCAUGGAACAACCACUUCUCCAGCAGCAGCGCUUCAGUCUUCCCCGACCUGCCCUCGCUUACCCACAAGCCUGAAUCCUCCGCAGUCAUCACUCACACCGUAAAAGACCUGCACUGGCCUGCUGGCGAUAACAUCACGCCGGCGACUCUCGUGUCCACAGCAUGGGCAAUCCUGAUGGCCAAGUACACAUCCUCUUCCGAUGUCGUCAUCGGCACGAUCGCAGCAGGACGAGAUGCCGGAGUUCCGGGCGUCGAGCACAUGGCCGGACCAACAGCUGCAACGAUUCCAGUGCGGAUCGUUGUCCAUCGUGGCGAAGAGACGGUGCAAGAAUUGCUCACUCGCACGCAAGAACAACGACUUACUAUGCAGCAAUUCGAACAAUUCGGCCUGCCACAGAUCCGUCGAGUGAGCCCCGAAGCGGACCUGGCGUGCAACUUCCAGACAUUGAUGGUCGUCCAUCCGGUGGAAACAUGCGAGCCAUGUCCACUAUUCCAGGAUGUGCUUGACGAAGGCCGGGGAGCAGCUCUGAAUGAUGCAGCGAGCACGUACGCUCUCAUGUUGGCCUUCCAAUUGCAGCCGACCGGCGUGCAUAUCACCAUCAACUUCGACCCAGCGGUGCUCGACUCCUCAAGCGUAAAGAGCUUACAAGGACAGUUCGAGGCGGUACUGCGCCAAUUGUGCUCCAAAGCCGACCGCAACAAAAGCGUCGCAAGCAUUUCCACCCUCUCCAGCUCCGACUUGAAAGAUAUCCAGACCUGGAAUGCGCAUGUGCCGGAGCCAGUUCCUAACCUCGUACACGACCUUCUGAGCCAGACGAUCCAGCAAGAUCCCGAUGCGACCGCCAUCCACGCCUGGGACGGCGACCUGACAUACGGUCAACUGGACGACUUGUCGACACGAGCAGCUCAAGCUCUGAUGAGUGUGGUCGCAGUGCAGCCCAACGACAUCAUCCCUAUCUGCUCAGGGAAAUCCCUCUGGACCAGUGUGGCUGUGCUCGCGGUAAUGAAAGCCGGGGCAGCAUCGCUGACGUUGGACGUCUCCCAGCCGCAACAGAGACUGCGCAAGAUUGUCGCACAAGUAACACCAAAAGUGAUACUAGCAUCUCCGACGUAUCGUAAGGUCGCCCAAAGCUUGGUCGCGGACACGGAAGUCAUCGGUUUGGACACUUUGCUCCAGAAGCGUUCAGCCUCGGAGCAAGUCGGUCCAACCUCCACCAAGCCGAGCGAUGCAUUAUUCGUGGUCUUCACUUCCGGCAGCACCGGCACACCAAAAGGCAUCGUCAUCUCGCACGAGAACUUCAGCAGUGCGCUUGUCCAUCAGAACAAACGUCUCGGGUUCAAUCGCAAAAGGAGGGUAUUCGACUUCGCUUCGUACGCAUUCGAUGCGUCAUACUACAGCUUACUUCACACCUUGUACUCGGGUGGAUGUCUCUGCGUGCCGUCAGAGGACGACCGUCUCAACGACUUGUCGGGCAGUAUUUGUCGGCUCGAGGCAAACUUUGCAACCCUCACGCCGAAAUUGGCUGCGGUGCUGGUUGAGGAUGCACUCCGCGUGCUUGAUCUGGUCGAGCUAUGUGGCGAGACGGCUGAUGUGGAUGUUGUCGCUCGUCUAAGGAGACAGACCUCCGUGCGCUUUGCCUACGGACCUGCCGAAUGUACAGUGUUGACGACCGUAUCUGCUGGAGAUGCGGCUGGGUCGGCGAUUGGCCGCGGAGUCGGCGUGUGCUGUUGGGUCGUCGACUCGAGCAACCCAGAUCUGCUGGCUCCCGUAGGCUGUGCUGGCGAAUUGUGGAUCGAGGGUCCAUUGGUAGGAAAAGGCUACCUUGCAGACAACGAAAAGACCGCAGCUGCCUUCAUCGAAGACCCAAUUUGGCUUUCCCAGGCAGUCGGCAGAAAAGGAAGAGUAUACCGUACCGGCGAUCUAGUCCGAUACGCUCCCGAUGGUAGCCUCCACUUCAUCGGCAGAAACGAUUCUCAAAUCAAGAUCAGAGGACAGCGAGUCGAGCUGACCGAGGUGGCGUACCAAGUGCAGCAACACUUGAGUGCAGCAUCCCCCAUUGACAGGCUAAGCGUCACCGUACUGGCAGAAGUGGACAAAGCAUCCUCGACGCUGGUUGCGUUCGUCGUCCCACCGGACGGCCCUUCCAUGACAGCACAGGAGCUGAAGAAGUCCGUCGAGCUGCUUACAGCAGACACACAACAGCGCCUCAGCUCGGCGAUGCCUUCAUACAUGAUCCCAUCGUCGUUCAUACCGCUCCACAAGGUUGCCCUAACAGCGACCGGCAAGAUUGACAGACAGCAUUUGCGCAUACUCGCUCGACAAUCCCGAACGGAAGCAUCCCAUUCUGCCCCUUCGACGAUUUUAGGCAAACAGCUCAGCGAGACCGAACUGUACUUGCGGUCCCUUUGGGCGCGAGUAUUGAAGAUCUCUGACCAUAAAAUCAACCAAAAUACUCCAUUCUGGAGCGUAGGAGAUUCCAUCACCGCCAUGUCGCUCACUGUCGCGAUCCGCAAAGAGUUUGGGGUUGAUCUGAAACUCUCGUCAUUGGCCAGGCAUCAAACCACGUUGGGGAGCUUGAGCAGAAUGAUCGAAGAGGCCACAGUCGCGACCAGUGCGGUAGAGGAAUCGUCCGCUCACGCUGACCUCGAAGAGAUGCUUCGGCACUUGGACCUCUCCGCUUCGACUGCACCCGUUCUUGCUCCGUCAGCUCCAGUAAGAAGCGAGGUGGCAUUCCUGACCGGAGGAACAGGAUAUCUGGGCAUCCAAAUACUGCAUGAUCUCCUCUCGAGCAACCGCUUCGAAAAGGUCGUGGUCCUAGUCCGCGCGCACAACGCAGACGCUGGUCUGACUUGUGUCAAGCGCGCUGCGGAAGCUGCUGGGUGGUGGCAGGACUCCGCUGCCCAGUCCAUCGAAGUCUGGUGCGGAGACCUCUCGAAGCCUCGCCUGGGGCUAGAAACUCCCCAUUGGAACCGGCUAGCAGGCACCUCACCCUCUCUGGACCCGAUCAACAUCGUAAUCCACUGCGGCGCCUCUGUCCACUGGACCUCAUCCUACGAAACGCUCAAACCCGUCAACGUCUCCUCGACCUUCCAGCUCCUGACUUCAGCCUUACAAUCUCCUCAUCUGCGACGUUUCGUAUACAUAUCCGGCGGGCGGAAUCCUCAAGGUCCUGAACAUCUGAAUCCAGAAGAUGAAGUGAGCGGUUACGUUCGGAGCAAGUUCAUGUCGGAGAAGAUGGUGCUUAGCAUGGCCGAGCAUCCAUGUCAACCUCGCGGCAAGUACACCGUUGUGAAGCCAGGGUGCAUCAUUGGAAAUGCGGAGAAUGGCAACGCCAAUGCUGAUGACUUUCUAUGGCGGUAUGUGCGGACUUGUAUCAAGCUUGGAGCUUUUCCGCGAGAGGACAUGAGCGCUUGGCUCCCAGUUGCCGAGUUGUCGACUGUGUCGCGGCAGAUCCUACGCCAGGUAGACGCGCAGGUACCCGGACCCUUCAGUGUCGUCGACGGCGGCAUAUCGAUACACUCGUUCUGGCAAGCUGUACAAGCUGGGUCUGGCAAUCCGCUCGCAGAGAUGGACGAACCGACAUGGACGCAUAUGGUACGGGCGCAGAUCGAGGAGGAUGGCGAGACUCAUCCGCUUUGGCCAGUCCAGCAGUUUCUCGGGCCACUUGGAGUGAGGAAGCUCGUCAAUGUAGACGAUGAGGAGUCGCAGGAGCGGGUCCAAAUUGCUGCUCGUCUGCAGCUAGCGAUGGCUGAGAAUGUGCGGCAUUUGCGCAGAGUUGCUCAGACAAUGAAGCGAAAUGGUGGCCCGGAAAGCAGACGGCCAGCCAGGCACAUGGCCAGCCAGUCGAACCAGCUCGAAAGAAAUCUCGGAGAAUCUGAGCAGGGUCGUGGAGGCAGUAAUGCAAUGAGUUUGGACUGAGGCUGAAGCCAGAUGGGCUAGGAAGCAGAUAGCCAGCCAGCGAAACAAGCGUGAAGGAGAUCUCGGAGAAGCCAGAAAGGACCGUGGAGGCGGGAAGAUAAUGAUAAUAGACCGAGAGCACGUUUCUUGCGGAGGCGAAAAAGGCCACAAAGCCAAUCAUAUCGGGGGGAUGUAUCGUGUAUAAUACAAUAAUAUAAUCU